AUGGCAGCCCCGACGAUGGAGGAUCUGGUCCAGGCAGUACAAGGACUACAAAACCAGGUUCAACAACAGCAGACGGAGAACCAGCUGCUGAGGGAUCGGAUCACGAACUUUGAGCUGCAGCAGGCCCAACAAGCUGCACAGCAAGCGGCAGUAUCGCCGUCUCACCAUGGAGGAGGAGUCAACCCAGAUGAGAUCCUUCGAGCCCUACAAGGUCUUCCAGAAGCAAUUUCAAGGAUGAAUCGCCCCAAGGGCCUCAUAGAUCCAAAAGGAUUGGGAAAGCCUACGGUGCUUGGUGAUGAUGCUGAUGCCAAGUUCCGGUUGUGGGCCAUCAAGCUGGAAGACUAUGUUGCAGGAGUUUUCGGAGGACGAUGCCGAGAGGUAUUGGAAUGGUCCGCUGGCAUGGACGCUGAGGUGACACAGACCGACAUCGACAACAACUUCGGCAUGGCGGCGGACCUCAACGACCAGUGGGACGAGGUGGACGAGCUCAACAGCCAGCUCUACACGGUGCUCAGAGCGACAACAGAGGGGAAUCCCUUUGACCUGGUGGAGAAUUGCCCCACAGGGCGUGGGCUGGAAGCUUGGCGCCUCUUGCACCGGCGCUUCGAUCCCGCUACAGGGUCGAGGAAGAGGGUGAUGCUGCAAGCCCUCACGAACCCAGAAAGGGCAUCAUACGAAAGCCUUCAAGCAGCCCUGGAAAGGUGGAAAGCCCUCAGGUCCAGGUACGACAGAAAGAAGGACCAGUUUGGGAUCAGAGAGGCGUUGCCGGAGUCUUUGGCAAUGAAUGCCUUGGAGAAGCUGGUGCCCAAGGACUUGGAGACCCACCUGAUGCUCAACUACACCCGUUUCAGGACCUUCGACGAGAUGGAGCAGGAGGUCAUCAACUUCAUCGAGGCCAAGACGGGGAGCCGAAUGGUGGUGUCAUCCAACUUUGCAAAGCCGAGCAAUUCGAAUGGUCCUGUGGCUAUGGACGUUGACUCUUUGGUCAGAGCCGUUAGCGGCACUUUGAGCUCGCUUGCAAAGGGCAAAGGAGGAGGCAAGCCUGGCAACAACCAGAAACCAGGCGGAAAAUUCGAAGGCACCUGCGAUCAUUGCGGGAAGCCGGGGCACAAGAAGGCCCAAUGCUGGCACCGAGAUCCCAACAACAAGGGCAAGGCUUCAUCGAGGAGUUCAAGUGCGAGCCCCAAGAAGGUGAGAUUCGAGGGCAAAUGCGACAAUUGUGGAAAGGUGGGACACAAGAAGGCUCAAUGCUGGCAACCUUCUGGAGGCAAAGGUAGAGGAGGAGACAAGCAGAAGGGAAAGCAGAAGGGCAGUGCCAACUCUUUGGACAACCCUGAGCCUGAACCACCAGCCGAUGCAGGAGGACUGGAUCUUUGCACCAUCACUUCAUCCCCUACUCCGUCGAGGACUUCGAGGGUGAGCACUUCAAGGAUGUCGAGGGUGACGGACAUCCCCUACUUUGAGGAGGAAGGGGAGGAGUCGAGAGCAGCUUCAGAUCGUGAGGCAUCAGUGGCAUCGACGGUCAACUCGCUGGAUGAGGGGUGGAUCAAAUGCAACUUGGACACCGGUGCCUCAGUCACUGUCUUCCCGAGGAGGAUGUUCAACAACGUGGAUGAGCCCAAUGACGUGCACCUGAAGACCGCAUCAGGAGAAAUCAUCAGAGGAUAUGGAACUACAUCCAUCAGGGGGAAGGACGAGAAAGGCAUCGGGCGCAAGUUGACCGGCCAGGUGACGGAGGUGCACAAGAUCUUGGUCAGUGCUGGAGCCCUACAUAAGAAGGGAUUUUCAACUUGGAUUGGCCCUGGUGGCGGAUGUAUUAUCCCCUUGAAGCAUCCCAUCAAUGAUGCAUUGGGAGUGGCUUAUGCGGCAGCGAUUGGAAAGCAUGGGGAUGAGGGCAUCAUACCACUCUAUGAGGAGAACGGAGUGUACAACUUCUACAUCAACGACUUGGAGGACGUGAACAAGUUGGAUGCCCCUGCAAAACCUGAUGAGGAGCCACCAGAGAAGAGGGCCGAGAUGAAGUUGGUCCCACAGCCAACAUUUGCACCUGCGCCUAGGGCAACUGGGUCGGAUGCACCUAUGAGGAGCAGAUCACCAAUGAGGCAUCGACCAGUUUGUGCCGUGGAAGGCGAUGAUCCAGAAGGAGAUGCAGGUGACGAUCAAAUGCAAGUUCGAGGUGAUGAGGUUGAGGAGCCAGUGGAAGCCCGACGUGCUAACCCUGGCUGGACACCGAAGAGCCCAACAGAUCGUGAACGAGCAGAACAUGAGAGCAGUGGACAUGCAGUCUACAGAUCGUGGUGUGAGGAGUGCAUCAAGGCCACUGGGAUGAGCCAUCAACAUCGCCGCAUUGACCACAGUGAGGACUUGGUCGACACGGUGACCAUGGACUACUACUACAUGGGUGAGGAGGACGGUGCCAAGCCUUACCUGGUUGCUCAAGACCGCCGCACUGGAAUGAUGAUGUCAACAUCCCUGAGGGAGAAAGGUGUGGCCGACUUGACAGCAACGAAGCUCUUGGCAAAGUUCUUGGACGUCCUCGGCUACAAGGAGGUGGUCUUGAAGAGCGAUGGCGAGAGGGCCUUGAUCGCACUGAAAAGAGCUGCAGCCCGACAAUCAAAAGGGCUGGUCAGAGCAAUCCACGAGGAGUCACCAAAGGGAGAUUCAAAAGCCAAUGGAGAAGCUGAACAGGCAGUUCGAGAAAUCAAGUGGCGUGUGAGAGCCAUCACAAUGAUGUUGGAGAAGAAGCUUAACAUCAAACUUCCUGAAGGGCCUCCUUUGCUGACUUGGGUGCCCCGCUAUGCAGCUGAGCAGAGCAACAGGUUCAAGAUUGGCCAUGACGGCCGCACUCCAGAGGAACGCAGAACAGGGAAACGAUGGCUGAAGCCGAUGCCUCUUUUUGGAGAACGCAUCAUGGUGAAGCCGGUUGGCAAGGGUCGCAAGGGUGAUCUUUCCAAGAUGAAAUCUGGCAGGUUCCUGGGGUGCCACAACCGCUUUGGGAGCGUCUUGGCCAUGACGGAGCAGGGCGUCAUCGUGGGGAGCUCAUACCAUUCUCUGCCCGAGGAGGAGAAGUGGAUUCAAAUUGAAGAUGGGUUGAAAGGAGCCCCAUGGGAUGUCCAAGCCUAUGUGAGGAGAGUGGUGGAGGAGCUGCCACAACCUUUGGGGUUGCCAGCAGCUGUGCCGGUGGUUGUACCGGCAGCGGCGGCACAGGCACCCGCGGCACUACAUGCUGAACAAGGAGAACUUCCUGGAGGAGACCUACGGCCUGGAGGAGAGGACGCAGGUGGUGAGGGCGCUCCACUUUUGGGUGGACCGAGCAUCAGUGCUCAGGCGCCGGCAGGGCAGAAGAGGGCUUGGCCGGUGAGGCGCGAGCACAUCAACAAGUUUGGCAAGACAGCUGAGUGCCCAGGGUGCACAUCGCUGAUGAAGGGCGUUGGGUACCAACAGAUCGCCCACAGCGAGACAUGCAGAAUGAGGAUCAAGAGGUGCAUUGAGGAGCAGCAGAAGACUUCGGAGGAGUCAGCAAAGAGGCAAAGAGAACAAGAUGAUAAGAUUGAGGCUGAGGUGAGGAUGCGGCUUGAGGAGAGUGCAGAAGCCCCACAACAGCCACAGCAGUCAGGACCUUCUUCGAGCUCGAGGCCGAGUGCAGAGGAGCUACAGCAGGGAGGAGGUGAGGCUGCAGAAGAUGAAGUGAUUGGGGAGAGCCCCAAGAGGAAAGGAGGAGAACAGGGGGUUCUUGAUGUGGAAGACCUUGAGAGGCAGGUCGAGGCAGAAGUCCAGGAGAGCAUCCGAGAUGAGGCUGUAGGAGCCAUGGAGAAGAUCAUCGGAAGCCGAGAGGCGGCGCAGAUCAUCAUGGAUCUUGGUGCGAUGGAUGUCAUCGAGGUGUUCUCACCCCAGAGGGUGAAUCAAGAGGUCGAGCGCUUCGGCAUGAGGAGAGGAGCGGCAAUCGACUUGGAUGAGAUGAAGCCCGACGGCAGUGGCCAUUGGGACUUGGACAAGCCCGACGAUUACAGAGAGGUCCUGAAGAUGAUCAUUCAGGAGCAACCUUUGUUGGUGACGAGCAGUCCGCCGUGCACCACAUUUUGCCCACUGAGGAGGUUGAGCAAUCACAAACGUGAUGCAGAAGUUGUUGCAGCAGAAGAAGAACUUGGAAAGGAGAGGUUGAGAAAGGCCUUGAAGGCCUGUGUGCUUCAGGCGAGCACGGGCAACUACUUCCUGCACGAGCACCCCAAAGAUUCUUGGAGCUGGAAAAUGCCUGAGGUGAAAGAGCUUGUGGACAGCGGCAAGUACUACCUGGUCCAGAGCCCUAUGUGUCGGUUUGGCAUGAAGCUCAAGGACGACAAUGGGGAGGAGCAAUAUGUGAGGAAGGAAACGUUGUGGCUCACAAACAGUGAGGCCAUUGCAAAUGAGCUCAAAGGAGUCUGCGACAACGUUUUACAUGGGCAGGAGAUUCAUCGGCAUGUGAAGCUGAUUGGAGGGCAACGUGCAAAGGCCGCACAAGUGUAUCCAAAGGCUUUGGUGGAAGCCAUACUUCGUGGUCUUCAGAAGGAGGUGAGAAGGGCCAAGAAGAUCAGCAUGGUUGAGGAGAUGAUUUCGGGCCCAUCGCCUGAUGAUGCAGUCGAAUGGGACAUGGAGAUUGAGGAGGCAGAACCAAUCAUCGAUGAUGCCUCGGGAGCCAUUUUGGACCCAGAGGCAGUGAAGAAAGCCAGAGAGGAGGAGCUCAAGUGGAUCAGAGGAGAACAGGUCUACGAGCGAGUUCCUGCAGAGCUUGCACAAGGGCAUCAACUACUUCGAGUCAAGUGGGUGGACAUCAACAAGGGCGAUGCCGACCAUGUCCGCAUCAGAUCAAAGUUGGUGGCCCGGGAGAUCAAAAGAGCAAAGCCCAAAGAGAUGCAGUUGGGUGGGAGUGACACAUUCAGCAGCACUCCGCCGAUUGAGGCAGUCUAUGCUUUGAUGAGCUGCUUCAUGACCCGAGCACCUGGUGAUCGACGCAAGAAGAUGGCAAACUGGGACAUCUCUCGAGCCCACUUCAUGGGGACAGCCGAGAGGGAGCUGUACCUGGAGUUGCCUGAGGAGGAUCGAGUUCAUCCAGGUGAUCAAGGACCUAUGGUGGGUCGUUUGAAACGGUCGCUCUACGGCACGCAGGAUGCCGCCAAGAUCUUCCAGACCGACUAUGAGGGAUGGUUGAAGAAACAUGGAGCACAGUUUUCCAAGGUGUGCCCAUCCAUUUUCAUCAUCGAGCAGCAGGGCUUGAUUGGAGUUGUUCAUGGUGACGAUUUCCUGGUCGUGGGAGAGGAGAAUGGUCUGAAGUGGAUGGACCAGCAGCUGAAUGCCCGCUAUACAGCAAGGUGGGAGGCAACAUUGGGAGAUGGGGAGAACGAUCAACGCGAGAUGUUCUUCCUCAACAGGCUGAUUCGCUACGUUCCAGAUGGAGCGGGACAAGGAGAAUGUCGCUUGGAGAUCGAGGCUGACGCCAGGCACUCCGAGAUUUUGGUCAAGGAGUUCGGGUUCAAGCCUGAUUCAAAAGGGUGCGACGUCCCAGAGGACAAGAUGACAGAGAAGGACUUGAUCGAGGCGGAGAGGGAGGCCACUUUGGAGCAGUCCCAGAUUACGCAGUUCAGGUCAAUGGUGAUGAGGCUGGCCUAUAUGAGCAUCGACAGGCCAGACCUGUGCCACUCAGUCAGAACUUUGGCAUCAGCUAUCGUGGCACCGAAACUUUCAGAUUGGAUGCGCUUGAAGAAGGUGGCGCGCUAUCUCCUGAAGUUCCCCUGCCUGAAGAGGGUCUUUAAGCUCCAGUCCAAUGAGGAGAUCAACGUGACUGUCUUCACGGACUCGGACUGGGCUGGGAAUCCGAAGACCAGGAGGUCUAUGUCUGGAGCGGUGGUCAAGCUUGGAUCACACACCAUCCAGAUCAAAGCGGCGAGCCAAAAGGUCGUGGCGCUCAGCAGCAUGGAAGCUGAGUACUAUGGGAUGUGCCGUGGUGCAACGCAGGCCGUCUUCAUCCACCACGUCUUGGAGUUUUGGCAGCUGAAUCCUGGCAAGAUGAUCCUCAAGGUGGAUUCGUCGAGUGCCAAAGCCCUGGUGGAACGGCGUGGCGUUGGCAAGACUCGCCACGUGCAAGCACGUUUCCUGUGGUUGCAGGAUUUGAUCUUUGCCAAGCAGAUGAUCGUGCAGAAGGUGAACGGCAAGGUCAACGACGCAGAUCUUGUAACAAAGACUCAGCCGAAGGCCAUGAUCAAAGAUCACUUGGCGAGGAGUGAAUCACAGAACAUCUUUACUCCAACUGCUCCCUGGAUGUGCUCCAGUGCCGCUCGCUUCCUCGACAAAGUGCCGCCAAGGAGCGUGAUGGAGGCAGAGCUCCGCGAGGUUCUCACGCCCACGCCCGAGCUACUGGAGCGCGCGCAACGUGCGCAGGUUGCUUCAUCCAGCCAUUCCGAGCGGCACUCGCUGGGAAAUCUCUUGGCGCAGAACCAACAUUUGGCCGCGCGAGCCGGCCUCAGCUCCUGGGGAGAAUGUACGUGGCGCCCCACAGGGCCACCCGACGAGAACGGCACUGCGCAGUCAGGACGCCGCGGCGUUGCCGCGGCGCGGGCGACGCAGCGCUGCGCAGGUCCAGAGGUCGACUUCUACAGUGGCUGGGAGCACCGCAGUUCGCCUCACUGGCACUUUCGCAGCUCAAGUCCUCGCUACGGUGGAAAGGCUGUCUCGACGAAGUCCUCCAGGAGGAUUCCCCCAGCUCCGCCGCCGCUGGGUGACCCGGACCUGGACCCGGGCCACGAGAGUGAGGCUUUGCCUAUCAGUAGCAAGGCGGUGGAAGAGACUCGACAGGCCGUUCUGGGAGCCAAAGAGCUGGUCUCUGCAGGGGCCACCAUGGCGCUUCCGCGUGGCGUCAGCUCCGUCCUCCGCCACGCCUUGCGUAUGGUUGCUCAAUCUGCCUGA